AUGUCCUCGUUAAGUUUUGCUGCUGCUGGGAAGCUGCUUGUGAUGCCUAUGGAUGGAAGUCACUGGCUCAGCAUGAGAGCAGUGCUCAACGAACUAAGGAAGAGAGGACAUGAAAUAAUUGUUGUUGCACCAGAAAUAAAUCUGUUCAUAGGAGCAUCAGAGUCGUACAUGAUGAAAACGUAUCCUGUGCCUUUCACAAAGGAAGAGCUGGAUGGACAUUUUCUCACGUUUGCCGAGACCAAUUUUAAGGAACAACCUUUUCCGUUAAGGAUUAUUAAAAUAUUUGAAAAUGUUAAAAACUCCUCUGCUCUGCUCUUAGCCACUUGCACACACUUACUAUACAACAGAAAGCUGAUGGGAUACAUUGAAGGGAGUAACUUUGAUGCGGUCUUUACAGAUCCCAUGUUGCCUUGUGGACAGAUCAUAGCUUUGCAUCUUUCUAUCCCUUCUAUUUUCUUCUUACGGGGAAUCCCAUGUGGUGUCGACUCUGAGGCUGCUCAAUGUCCAAACCCACCUUCUUAUGUCCCAAGAAUGCUUUCAUCUAACACAGACCGUAUGACAUUUACCCAGCGUGUGAAGAACCUAUUAAUCAGCUCAUCAGAAUCCCUUCUCUGUGAUAUUGCUUAUUCACAAUUUGAAAGUCUGGCCUCUGAUUUUCUGCAAAGACCGAUGACCAUGAAGGAACUUUUAAGUCAUGGAUCCAUUUGGCUGAAGAGAGUUGAUUUUGUGUUUGAGUAUCCCAUGCCUGUGAUGCCCAAUAUGGUCUUUAUUGGAGGGAUCAAUUGUGGACAGAAGAAGCCAUUGUCUCAGUGUGGGUGGUAG